GGAUCCGGGACGUUGGGUUCCUCACUCCCCCAGUUUGUGCAGCCGGAGGGACGCUCGUCAAAGCCGAGGAGGCAGAGGCGGCGCCAAGGCAGCUCGCCGGCCGCUUAUUAACAGAAGCAGCAAGAGGCGGGGGGAAAGCAAGACGCGCCUGGGGGACAAUGGAGAACAGCGACGGCGCUAGCAACAGCCAAGCCAAAGGCAACCCGCCCGCGGGUCACAGCCAAGGAAAAACCCUCCGCAGCGAUGGGGCUGCUGCAGGAGCAGAGCUGCAGAAUUCAGUCGCGGUGCCUAUGUUGUCGGCCAUGGAGGUAGCGGAGGAGCCGGAGAAAGCGGUGCCCAGAGGCAAAGACAAGGAACCCCACACCUACAAAGUGCUCUCCCUGGUAUUGUGUGUCAUUGUGCUAACAACAAUUUUAGGGUGCAUAUUUGGAUUGAAGCCUAGCUGUACGAGAGAUGUUAAAACCUGCAAAGGCCGCUGCUUUGAGCGAACAUUUGGAAGUUGCCGCUGUGACAGUGAAUGUGUUAAACUUGGAAACUGCUGUUUAGAUUUCCAGGAAGCCUGUAUUGAACCUGCUCAUACAUGGACCUGUACAAAGUUUCGAUGUGGUGAGAAGAACCGAUCAGAAUAUCACUGCUCCUGUUCAGAUGACUGUGUGAAAAAUAAUAAUUGCUGUGUCAAUUAUUACUCAGUUUGUGAAGGAAAGUCAAGCUGGCUUCAAGACGAAUGUGAAGAUAUUAAAGAACCCCAGUGUCCAGACGGAUUUACAAAGCCUCCAGUGUUGUUGUUUUCUUUGGAUGGAUUCAGGGCUGAGUAUUUGCACACAUGGGGUGGACUUCUUCCUGUUAUUAGCAAAUUACAAAAAUGUGGAACAUACACAGAUGGCAUGAGACCAGUGUAUCCAUCAAAAACAUUUCCCAAUCAUUACAGCAUUGUCACGGGCUUAUAUCCAGAAUCACAUGGACUAGUUGACAACAAAAUGUAUGAGCACAAGAGAAAUGCUUUUUUCACGCUGAAAAAUGAAGAGAAGUUCAAUCAACAGUGGUACCUAGGACAGCCAAUUUGGCUGACAGCUUUGUAUCAAGGACAAAAAUCUGCUUCAUUCUUCUGGCCUGGUUCAGAUGUUGAUGUUAACGGAAGUUUUCCAAAUAUUUACAAAAUAUAUAAUAGGUCAAUACCAUUUGAAGAAAGAGUAACAACCUUCCUUAGUUGGCUACAGCUACCAGAAGACAAAAGACCACACUUUUACACUCUGUAUUUAGAAGAACCAGAUUCUUCAGGCCACAUGUAUGGACCAGUCAGUAGUAAAACCAUUCAGGCAUUACAGAGAGUGGACACAGUGGUUGGGAUGUUGUUGGAUGGUCUUAAACAAAUGAACCUGCACAAUUGCAUCAAUAUCAUUCUUCUCUCUGAUCAUGGGAUGGAGGAAGCUAGCUGCAGUAAAACAGCAUAUCUGAAUACCUACUUGGAUGAUGUUAGAAAUUUGACCAUAGUAGGUGGCCCUGCAGCUCGCUUAAGGCCAAACAAUGUUCCAGAUGAGUAUUUCUCUUUUGAUUAUGAAAACACUGUCAGAACCCUUACAUGCUUAGUCCCAGAUCAGCAUUUCAAAGUAUACAUGAAACAUCAACUCCCCAAGCGAUUUCACUAUGCUAAGAGUGACCGAAUUGAACCAGUGCAUUUUUAUAUGGAUGAGCAGUGGCAAUUUGCUCGAAUGCCAUCUGAGUUAAAAUAUUGCAAAGGUGGAUUCCAUGGGUCUGACAAUACAUUUGCAAAUAUGCAGGCUCUGUUUAUUGGCUUUGGACCUGGAUUCAAGUUUCAAACCAAAGUCGAUCCCUUUGAAAAUAUUGAAGUCUACAAUUUAAUGUGUGGUAUGAUGAAGUAG